AUAGACAAUAAGUCCCACGAUUUAAACGCGCCGCCGCCAUAGUCUCGCAGUUGCGUCUUAAAGGUCAAUCCGCUGUGUAUUAGUUUAUAGUCAAUAGGACCUUUUAAAAUUGCGAGCUAUUGAUUUGUGUAUGUUGGAGAGGUAGAACCCUGUUAGUAGGUACUUUUAUAAAUCACACAUCAUAAAAUUAUCGAUAAUGAAUAAUGAUAAAACAUUUGAAAAGCCUGUAGUGUUCGAGUACUAUAAUAGCGCUUAUUAUUGUAAAAUAAAGAUAUCCUAUUGUGCGAUUUUUGAAAAAUUAUUGAGCCUGUUAUAAUCAUAGACCUUGUACUAUAAUAUUAUACCGAGUAUAAGGUCUAUGGUUACAAUACAUUUUGGUUUUGGAUAAAUUUGAACAAAUUGAUUUUGGAACAACUCGACUGUGGAAUAAAAGAUCAAAGUGGACUGAUGAUUUUGAUAACGCGUUUAGUGCGUUACGCGUUGCUUUUGAUAUUUCAAUUUUCUUUUUGAGAAAAUCGUUGUUAAUCUUUUAGUUAAAAAAUCGUUCAUCAUCAACCCAUUAAUUAACCAGUAAAUUUAUAACCUCGAGUCACGUCAGUCAUCUAUACAUUAUGCCCAAAAAUAAAGGAAAGGGAGGUAAAAAUCGUAGGCGUGGUAAAAACGAAAAUGAAACCGAAAAGCGUGAAUUGGUAUUCAAAGAAGACGGCCAAGAAUAUGCUCAAGUUACCAAAAUGUUGGGAAAUGGUCGUUUAGAAGCCAUGUGCUUUGAUGGUGUCAAACGACUUUGUCACAUACGAGGAAAACUUAGGAAAAAGGUGUGGAUUAAUCAAGCUGAUAUAGUAUUAAUAGGUUUACGUGAAUAUCAAGACACAAAAGCUGAUGUAAUUUUGAAGUAUACACCAGAUGAAGCUCGUAACUUGAAAACAUAUGGAGAAUUUCCUGAAACUGUUCGCAUCAAUGAUACAGUCACAUUUGUUGAUGAUGGAUUGGAUGAAGAUAUUGAAUUCGGAGAUGAUAUUAGCGAUGACGAAGAAGCAGACAAUGCUGUUGAUAAUAUUUAAAUUUAUUUCAAAUAGUAUGUUAGCUGUACGGUGAUGUCAUUUGUCUAAGAAUCAGAUUAUAAUCAACAACAAAUUUAAAUAAAUAUAUACUUACAUGAUGAUUAA